AGAACUCACUGCAUGCUCUUAUUUUGAAGGCUGCAUCCAUACAACCGGGGAUGUAACGGCCGCUGCCUCGCGCUAACUUUCUGCAGUAAACAAGCCCGGAGAAACCGGACGAGCCGCAGCGGGAGCUGAAUUCUGUUUUUAAUAACACAUAGGAUGACCGUGAUCACUCACCGGAGCCGGUAUUAGUUAACGGGGAGAGAUAAACGGUCACAGAGCCUCCACACACGGAGCGGCCUGAUUAGCCUGCUAGCGGCUAACGUUAGCAUACUACUAACUGCUGGAUCCUAAAACACCUGAGCGCGAUGUCUCUGGUGGACCUGGGGAAGCGUCUGCUAGACGCGGCUCGUAAAGGUCAGGACGAUGAGGUCAGAAACCUGAUGGCCAAUGGAGCUCCUUUCACCACCGACUGGCUGGGGACGUCCCCGCUCCACCUGGCCGCUCAGCACGGUCACUACUCCACCGCAGACGUCCUGCUGAGAGCCGGCGUCAGCAGAGACGCCCGCACCAAGGUGGACAGAACCCCCCUGCACAUGGCUGCUGCUGAGGGUCACACAGUGAUCGUGGAGCUGCUGGUCCGGAGCGGAGCAGACAUCAACGCCAAAGACAUGCUGAAGAUGACGGCUUUGCAUUGGGCGGCACAGCACGGUCACCAAGGCGUCGCAGACACUCUUAUAAAACACGGCGCUGAUGUGCACUCCCUCAGUAAGUUCGACAAGACGCCAUUCGACAUCGCCGUCGACAUCCAGAACACGGAGCUGAUGCUGCUGCUGCAGGAGGGCAUGCAGAACCAGGUGAACAUGAACCAGGUGAGUAUGAACAUGGAGACUGGCACCACCAACCAGCCACAAUUUAUCAUCCAGGGGAUCCCUGCCAUCCAGGGGGGCGUGGUCAACCUGGCUGACCUGCUCAACAAGGCGGGCGCAGGAGACUCAGAGGAAGCGAUGGCCGCCAGCGCUCUGGAUUCCAACAUCCAGCAUACUGUCGUCAACGAGGGCGGUCAGAGGGUUAUCACCAUAGUAACAGACCAACAUGGCAACCUGCAAACAACAGGAGGGAUGGCGCCACCUUUUUUCGUCACCAUGCAGCACGGACAGCAGAUGCUGGCAGUGCCGGCCAACACGGUAACAGAGGAGGUGGUGACCGAGGAGCCGCAGGCUCCGCCCUCCAGGAAGAGGAAGCUGGAGAUGACUAACAAUCACAACGACGGUGGAGAGACGGAGUUGUUGCAGAGGCAGCUGCUGGAGGCCAACAGGAAGGCGCAGGAGUACCGGCAGCAACUGAUGCGUAAGGAGCAGGAGGCUGAAGAGUACCGCAUCAAACUGGAGGCCAUGUCCCAGAGUCAGGCCAACGCCAACAACACCGCCAACAACACCGCCGCCAACGCUGCCAGCCCAGAGGAAGUGGUAGGAGGAGAGGAGGAUGAGGAGGAGGCGGGGGCCGGCAUGGUGGAGGAAGAGGGGGAGAUGGUGGUGCUGCAGGAGGGAGGGAUCAUCAUGGAGGGGGAGGAGGGGCAGGUGACGCUGGUAGAGACGGGCGGAGAGACCACAGAGGUCAGCUCAUAACAGAGGGGGGGGCGGAGUCAGAGACACAUCACAGCAGGGGAUGGUUGGACCCUUUUACAGAGAAAAGCAGAAUCCCUACAUGAAUCCAUCCCACUGCUUCAGAGGAGAGGACUAAGACUCUUCAGACCAGAACCAGAACCAGAUCCCCAAAGGGAGAACGCAGAGGGACUGACCCUGACAGGCCUAACCUGACGGAGGACUUCUUUCAUGCACCAUUUGAACCCCCAGAAACAGCUGGUGGUCCGUGUAACAGAACCAUAUGAGCAUUCCACUGUGAGAGACCUGAGAAUACCUUUAAGACCUUAACGUCCCCCCUGAAGCAGCCUCUGUUCUUCCUCUUUUAUCAGUUCAUCUCUAAACCUUCACGCCUUCAGUCCCC